AUGGAUCUUGACAUCCUUGUACAGUGGUACGUUGGUCAUGUCUACAUCUGGUCUUACGAAACACAGUCUAUCAUCAAAACAUUCGAACUCACCGAUGUCCCCGUUCGUGCCGGUCGAUUCAUUGCGCGCAAGAACUGGAUUGUCUGCGGUUCAGACGACUUCCAGCUCCGCGUUUACAACUACAACACUUCCGAAAAAAUCACCUCUUUCGAAGCACACCCGGAUUACAUCCGUUCUAUUGCCGUUCACCCUACCCAGCCGUUUGUGCUCACAGCCUCCGAUGACAUGACAAUCAAGCUUUGGGAUUGGGAGAAGGGCUGGAAGUGUGUCCAGAUCUUUGAAGGCCACAGCCACUAUGUCAUGGGCAUGUCUAUCAACCCCAAGGAUACCAACACUUUCGCCUCCGCAUGUUUGGAUCGGACUGUUAAGAUUUGGAAUCUCGGUUCCCCUCACGCCAACUUCACGCUCGAGGCCCACGAAACGAAGGGUGUCAACCACGUCGAUUACUACCCGCAGGCUGAUAAGCCGUACCUCCUCACCACCUCCGACGACAAGACCGUGAAGAUCUGGGACUACACCACGAAGGCUCUCAUUGCAACACUCGAGGGUCACACAAGCAAUGUCUCUUUCGCAUGCUACCACCCCGAAUUGCCUGUCAUUAUCUCAGGUUCCGAGGAUGGUACCAUCAAGAUCUGGCAUGCCAACACCUACCGCCUGGAGCAAUCAUUAAGCUAUGGCUUGGAACGAGCAUGGUGUGUCUCAUACCAGCGGGGCAGACAGGGCAUCGCCAUGGGUUUCGACGAUGGUGCCGUUGUCGUGAAGAUGGGUCGGGAAGAGCCUGCCGUUUCCAUGGAUGGUUCUGGCAAACUGAUCUGGGCCAGACACAGUGAAGUUGUGUCAUCAGUGAUUAAGGGCGGUGAAGCCGAUAUCAAGGACGGCGAGCCUUUGAUGCUCCCAACAAAAGACCUGGGACAGUGCGAAGUGUACCCCCAGACCUUAACACACUCCCCCAACGGACGUUUUGUUUCCGUUUGUGGUGAUGGAGAAUACAUCAUCUACACCGCAUUGGCUUGGAGAAACAAGGCCUUUGGACAAGCCCUCGAUUUUGCAUGGGGCUCAAAGGAUAACAGCAACGACUACGCUAUUCGUGAAUCAUCGACAAGCGUCAAGAUUUUCAAGAACUUUAAGGAGCAAAGCACCGGUCUCGAUGUGGGCUUCCAGGCUGAGGGUCUGACUGAUGGUGUUCUGCUCGGUGUCAAGGGACAAGGUGGUAUCGGUUUCUUCGACUGGGAAUCCGGCAGCCUUGUUCGAAGAAUCGAAGCUGACCCCAAAUCCGUAUUCUGGUCUGAAUCCGGUGAAUUGGUCACACUGGCAUGUGAAGAUGAUUUCUACGUUCUGCGCUACUCGCGCGAAGAGUACAUUAAUGGUUUGAACGCCGGUGAGGCGGAUGAGGAUGGAGUGGAGGCAGCUGUUGAGCUGGUUGCUACCAUCAACGAGACCGUCCGGACUGGCCAAUGGGUUGGAGAUUGCUUCAUCUACACUAACUCUACCAACCGUUUGAACUACCUCGUUGGUGACCAGACCUACACAAUCUCCCACUUUGACCAGCCAAUGUACGUUCUCGGCUACCUUCCCCGUGAUGGCCGUAUCUACCUUGCCGACAAGGACGUCAACGCUGUUUCAUUUGGCCUGUCUCUCAGCAUGGUCGAGUACCAGACUGUUGUGCUGCGUGGUGACAUGGAUAUGGCAUCUGAGCUACUCAAGGAUGUUCCUCAAGACCAGAUGAACAAGGUUGCCCGAUUCCUGGAGGGACAAGGGUACAAGGAGAUGGCUCUGGAGGUCGCCACCGACCCCGAGCACCGCUUCGACCUGGCACUUGCACUCAGUGACCUUGAGACCGCACUUCAGAUCGCCCGCGAGGCUAAUGUCGAGCACAAGUGGAAGAUCGUUGGUGACGCCGCCCUGGCUGGCUGGAACCUUGCCCUGGCUCAGGAAUGCUUCACCAACGCCAAGGACUUCGGUUCUCUGCUCCUGUUGCACACUGCUAGCAGUAACCGCGAAGGCCUCAAGUCUCUAGCUGCUCAGGCGUCGGAGUCUGGACUCCACAAUGUCGCAUUCUCCACUCUCUGGGCUCUAGGAGAUAUUGAUGGCUGUCUUGCCCUUCUCGUUCAGACCAACCGUGUCGCCGAAGCCGUCCUAUUUGCUCAAACCUACAAACCCUCGCGCGCCCCCAAGCUCGUGGUUCAAUGGAAGGAAUCCCUUGAGCAAACAGGAAAGACCAAGGUCGCCCGCCUCAUCGGUGUGCCCCCCGGCGCUCCCGACGUCGCCUCCACAGACGAUGACCUCUUCCCUGAAUGGGAAGAGUACAUCCAACUAGAGAAGGAGGGUGUCGUUCCCGAGCCUCCUUCUUCCGAGUCUCUGAUCGACGUCAACGGAGACGAUGAACCAGCUAGCGCCACCCACAGUGAACCCGAAGAAGAGGAAGCUGAGAAGGCCCACGAAGCCGCGGUUGAUGAGGCCGACGCUGCGGAGGCUGAGUAA